UUCAUGGGUCACUGUGAAAUGAAAAGUCUCCUGUGAAUGAAUCUUUACCACCUUAAUUUUAGCUUCCUUAAAACCAAAAAGAUCCAAUUUUUAUUUGCACUCACACACAGUCUCUCACUACCCUUUAAUUUUUUUUACAUUUUUGAUUUUGUUUUAUUUCCUUUCUCUGCAUAGACAAGGGUGAAUAUGUAUAAAGGGAAACUGGUGAAAAAGCAGAAGAAAAUAAUUAAAGAUUUUCCUUCCUUUCUGCAAAAUUCAGAGAGAGCUGUCUGACCCUUUUCUUUUCCUUUUAUCUUUAUUUUAUUUAUAUAAAUUUUUAUUUUUCUCCUAUUACAAACUCCCUUUAUUGAUGGUGCUUUGUCUCCCCUUUUUCUUCUGCAACAACACCAACUAAAACCCUUUUCCUCCCAUUCUUUUGAGUGUUCAAAUUCUCUGAGAAAAGCACAGAAAAGCCAUGUCGGGCUUGUAUAAUCCCAACUUCUCACCUGCCAGAGCUGCUUCUCCUCAGAUUAGAAGCACCCCAGAUGUUGACAGUCAGUACUUGUCAGAGCUGUUAGCAGAGCACCAGAAGCUUGGACCUUUCAUGCAAGUACUUCCGAUAUGCAGCCGACUCUUGAAUCAAGAGAUUUUACGGGUUUCUGGAAUGAUGUCCAACCAAGGUUUUGGUGACUUUGACAGAAUGCGACAUAGAAGUCCUAGUCCAAUGGCUUCUUCAAACCUUAUGUCAAAUGUUACUGGGACAGGAUUGGGUGGCUGGAAUGGACUCCCUCAAGAGAGAUUAGGUGGACCACAUGGAAUGACAAUGGACUGGCAAGGUGCACCUGCGAGCCCUAGUUCAUACACUGUGAAGAGGAUUUUACGUUUGGAAAUUCCUGUAGAUACUUACCCCAAUUUCAAUUUUGUUGGGCGACUUCUUGGACCGAGAGGUAAUUCUCUGAAACGGGUUGAAGCUACUACAGGUUGUCGUGUAUACAUUAGAGGCAAAGGAUCUAUUAAGGAUCCAGACAAGGAGGAGAAGCUUCGGGGAAGACCAGGGUAUGAGCAUCUGAAUGAACCACUCCACAUCUUAAUUGAAGCGGACUUACCUGCCAAUGUUGUUGAUAUAAGGCUGAGACAGGCGCAGGAAAUUAUAGAAGAAUUGCUCAAACCUGUGGAUGAGUCACAGGAUUUUAUUAAGAGGCAGCAAUUGCGUGAGUUGGCUCUGCUAAACUCAAAUUUCAGAGAAGAAAGCCCUGGACCAAGCGGUAGUGUAUCUCCUUUCAAUUCAAGCGGAAUGAAACGCGCAAAAACUGGUCGAUGAGUGCUCAUAUAAAUCCUGUUUGAAAUGUUCACUCCUCCGCUCUAUAAACUCAUGGCCAAGAAUGCCUUGCAAUACACAUUUCCAUCAGCAUGGCUACAAGAAAAAUAGGCUAACAGUUCUUGCUGGUGAGCUUUCUGGUGGUUUUUGUUUGGUUUGUUUUUCUUUCUUUUUGGAACAACAGACUGACAAAGACCCGAAACAGAAAAAUAUCAACAACAAAAAACAAAAAAAAAAAAUGAUGAAAUUUAUAUAGUUGGCUCUCGAGUAGGUUUGGUGAGGUCAGUUUUCUGUGUAAACCUAAUACAUUCAUUGGAUUUAUUCUUGUGUUAGUUACUUCUGAGAAGUGUGAAAAUAUAUAUAUUAAUUAAUUGUGCAACCAUUAGAGUUUAAGACAAUGGGGUCGAGUUUAGCUUUGUAGGGCAUGUCAUAUGCCAUAUUUUUUUUAAUAUUAUAAGUAUGUAAACAGAGUCUGGAUUCUUUACAUGUGCUUCUGAAUUAUUUAAGUUGUCUCUUUGGAGUCUUCAA